UUUCUUCCUGGGGGUGUUGCAAACACUCAGAAAUUCAGCAAAGGAACGAGGCCUUGAACCCGGUUUAUGUGAGUCACUUGACAGGCAAUGGCAAUAAAAAUAUUAAAAUUCAGACCUUAUAAAAGAGGAGGGAAAGUGCUACACGCUUCUUGACAGCCCAAGGUCCCACCGGAGCACGCCAGGGAUGGCCCAGCACAGCUGCCUACCUGUCCCGUACGAAGUGCCGGUGCUGGCGAUGCUGCUUUUGCCCUGCAUCGUCACAGGUGUGGAGCUGGCUAUAAAUAAUGAAACGUCCGACUUCACGCUGACCACGGGGGUUGGCCCAGCACUGUCCCUGUCGUGCGCGAUACAGAACAACAGCCAGGAGGAACAGCUACUCUGGUACCGAGGGGACGGGGCUGUGGACCUGAAAGAUGGAAAUCAAAUGAAUGCCAGUCACCUCUGCUUGUCUCCUGUCACCGAGACCGACAACGGCGUUACCUUCACCUGCAAGCUGAAGCGGGAUCAGUCCAUCCAGGUCUCUGUGAUUCUGGAUGUCCAGUUUCGCCCCAUGCUAAGUGGGAAAGACUCGCUCCGAGCAGAAGAGGAGGGCGACGUGACGUUGAUCUGCAACGUGAAGUCCAACCCUCAAGCUCAAGUGGCUUGGCAUAAAGACAACGUCGUCCUGACCCUUGAGGCAAAGCGCUACCAGAUCCACCAGACCAGCGAAGUUUUCAAGCUCUCGAUCACGAAAGCACAGAAGUCCGAUAUGGGGGUGUAUACCUGCGUGGCAAAUUCUUCCCUUGGAGAGGAGAGAAAGGACUUCCAUUUGGUGAUUGAAGAUAAAAAACCUGUUUUUCCCACUGAAGCCAUUGCUGCUGCAGCCGUGGUGGUUUUACUUACUAUUGUUUUUGGAGUUGUGGCUCAAAGAGAAAAAAUACUGAAGUGCUUUGUGAAGAAAGGCGAAACACCAAGCGAAACAGCUCUGUGAACAAGUCCUGAGCUUACUGUGAGUGCCUAAGAAAGACCCUCUCUAGCACCCUCGUGUUCACGGCUGGGACUCUCCCUUGCACGCCGCCGCGGCUGCUCCGAGUUAUGCAGCUCCUUCUGUAUUUAUUGUUAUUUAAAACAACGCUCACAAUGUAAAUGGCUCGUUAGGUAUGUUGAUUACAACUUACGGCUCUGAACACGUGAACGAGAGGGAAAAACACGACUGCUUCUUCCA